AACACACACACGCACGCACGCACGCACCCGACAUACCACUUCUCGAAUGUCCGUAUUCGCAUCCUCCCGCCGCGUCGCCAUCGCCUGUCUCAGCUGCCGCGAGCGCAAAAUCAAGUGCAUCACGAGCUCGACGGACAACGCGUGUCUGCGCUGCCACUCGAACGACCUGCCGUGCGACUACAUCUCCGCGGUCAAGCACCGGCGCGUCCGCCCCGCACCCGCCGACACCGACGCCCCGAGGAAGCGCCGCACUGCGAGACCCGACGCCCCAUCGGGCCCGGAGGCGCCCGCGAGGACGUGCGCGCUGCGUCCGCUCCGCGCGAAACACGCGCCGUACCCCCGCCACCAUCGCGCGUACGACGGCGCCGCGGAGGGCUGCUGGCCCGUCGUAGCUGAUGUUGCCGAAUAUUCCGUCCCUCCACGGCCCUGCGCGUACCCCCCAUCCAUCUGCAUAUCCGAACGCGAUAUCCGACAACCGAUCCCCCUGAGCAGUGUUUCGUGCGACUACGACUGGGCGCCGCCCUCCCGAUCCCCGUCGGCGUCGCCCAUCGCCCUGCCGCUCCCCCUCCCGCUGUCCAGCGCGAGCAGCAGCCCCCUGCUCACGGAGACGCGCGAGGCAUUCGUGUACUCUCACGUGUCCCAAGUCGACGAUCCUCUGGAGGAUUACUGGCGCGCGUUUGAUGGAGGCGCAUCGUGGCAUCCGUCGCACGCGCAGGAAUUUAUCGGGGUCCAGCUCCCGGACGCAUACACGGAACCGGCAACUCUAAAGUACGCCACCGCGUGUGCCUCUCUCUCUAUUCAUCCCCAAGCCUCCAUUUAUUACACCCCGCAGCUCUUCGACGUGAUCACCACGGGUCUCCCGAUCCACAACGCGUCGCUCUCGCCCCGCAUAUCCUGGGACUCGAAGACGGCGGACAUACUCCCCGGGUGGGGCCUCAUGGACCCUGUCGCGAACCGCGAGAGCACGAUCCCGGACCUGAUGAGCCACUGCACAGGGCUCGCGCCGCACGAAAUGAUGGGCGCGCUGGCCGACCCCGUCGAGGGCCUGCGCCUGCGGCACCUCCGCCCGUCCUACGCCUUCCGCGCGCACGCCGUUUGGUUCGUACGUGCGGCGGGACGUCCUGCGUCUGCUCGGCAUGCGCGAUACGGCGUUCUUCUGAGACCCGGCGCUGCGGGGCAGGUUGGCGGAUGGCUGUUUAUGCCGCAGGCUAUCUGGCUUCGUGCGCUACUUGAAGAGGUUGAAAACGCGGAGAACGAGACGAUCAUUCCAGCCGAGGUCAUCGAGAAAGCAGCAAGUGAGAUUAUGGUUUAUUCUCCUAUUGCCCGGUACCCAGAACUCUCACCGCUGACAUAUGGCGGGGGCCAAUCUCGUGGGACAUACCGUGGAUUCGAAGUCAUCGAGCACGGGGGUUUGACGCCCGGGUUCCUGAGCCAGAUAUCCCGCAUUCCGUCGCAGAGUCUGGGCGUCGCCGUGCUGACGAACGACGAUAGUCUGGGCAACUUUAUGAUGGAGGCGAUCAAGUACCGGAUCUUCGACGAGUACUUUGGGCUCGCACCUGUCGAAUGGACAGCGCGGUUCGAUUCCACGCCAUUCCGCACAUCGCAGCUGUCGUUAUCAAUAGCUACCGCGAGCGACCGGCCUACGGCUUCCACCGCUCCCUACGCCACUUUGGCAGGGACGUACACGAACGCUGCCUACCGCGACCUGCGCUUGCGUCUGUUUCUGCACGGAUCGAUGGAAGAAGGCGACGGAGCGUGCGAAGACUUGGCGGCGGAAGUCGGGGCACGGCUGCCUGCCGUAAUCCAGCCGCAUGUCCCGACGCUGAUUGCGCGCUGGGCGACGCCGCUGACGCACUACCUGCUCCUCGAGCACUUUGAUCGCGAUCCGUGGAAUCUUACCGGGCUCUGGAGCCACUGCGAGGGAGAAUGGGUCCAGAAGAUGACCGUGGGGAUGUUGGCUGAGCUUGAUGGCGCUCGGGGGUUCGUCGGGCGCGCAUUUUCCGGCUCAUCUGAGCAGGAUCGCGGCGAUGUGGGGUUCGAGAGACCCAAUCGCGAGUAGAUGGAUGUACGAACUUUGGGGGAUGCUAGCAGACUGGGGGGACGUAACAAAAGAACCGUGUGCCACCGGUGCCACGUGGUGAUGUGCAGCGAGAAUAUAUAUAUAAGGGUCCGCGCGAUCAAGGCUGCGAUCAAGCUUUCCCAUCAAUACCCCCCUUCGGAUGAAACCGCCCCGGAGACCUCGCCGAUACACCGAGGAGCGCCCGCCGUUUUCGUCGUUCGAUCAGUUCGCGCGCGGGCAGCUGCUGUGGUGCCGCACGACGCGCAAGGAGAUGAAGCUCACGUCGCGGCGGCGGCUGACGGAGCGCGCGACGGGGAACACGACGACGUCGCCGUCGAUGCGCGGGCUCUACGAGGAGGAGUGGCAGGAUCCCUCGCUGGUCGACAUGGACUCGGAGCUGCGCCGGCUGUGCAUGGUCGUCGAUGUCAGCGAGCCGAAAAAGACGAUCAGCGUCGUCCCGUUCAUUCGCAGUCGCUGGCUCAUGCCCACCAGCCCGUGGCUCGAUCUGAACGAAGCCGGGUCACAUCCGAUCGCGGUGACACCGGGGCCACGAUUCGUCUGGAUCGGUCCGCCGGAGGAAAUCGAUGUGGUGCUCGGCAACUGGGAAGAGAUGCACCCGGAUACCGAUCCCGAUACCGGGCUCAUCCGCGUCGACAACCCGGAUGAGAUGGAACAGAACUUCUGGAACUGGAAAUCCCACCACGAUGUCUACAUGGGCAAGACGGAAGCGUUACGUUGGCUCCCGGCCGACUUCUUCCCGCACUCGCCGAAUGCGACACACGUCCGCGCGUUCUCGCGCGAGGUGCGCGACCCGAUGCUCGGCCCCCACGCGCAGCAUCGCCGGCACCUCUCGGCCGACGCGUACCUCUAUCAGGUGCCGCCCCCGCCGCCGCCACAGCACGCCGGCCACCCGUCAAAUACGUUUGCGUUCGGCGGGUUCAACAUGGCCCCCGCCGCGCCGGCGUUCCGCCAGAACCCGCCGCCGUUCAUGAACCCGGGGCUGAUUGCGCCGCGGGGCUUCCAGGGUGGGUUUGCUGGGGGCCAACAGCAGCAGCAGCAGCAAGGACUGCCCGGGCUCCGGCACCGGGCGUACACGCAUGUGAAUAUGAGCCACAGCGCCAACGCGGGCUUCCAGCAGGCCCAAAACCGGCAGCAGCACAACCAGCAGCACCAGCAGCAGUGGGCUGCCGGCUCCCACCACCGACAGCCGCUGCGCGCGUUCACGAGCGAGGGCUCCAUGCUCGACGAGCGCGAGCGCGCCGCCCCCGCCAUGCAGCAGCGCGCCAACGUCGCGCAGCCGCUCCCGCUCCCCUCGCCCGAGACCUCCGCCCGCUUCGCCGCGUCGCAGCCGCUGCAGCCGGGCGGCGGCGCGCUCCCGCUCUUCCCGUCCCUCGACACCUUCCGCACUGGGCAUCGGCAGCAGCAGCCGCCGCCGCUUCUCCCGGGUCCGCCGCCGGCGCGGGGCCGGAGCUCGCUCGAUCUGGACCGGUACCGCGAGUUCUAUCGCACGCCGGACGCAAAUGUGUAGACCCUGGAUGGAAUGAUUUCUUCCGUAGCGUGUACUUGUAUACCACUCCCUUUGUACAACCCAUCGUAGCUGGCAAUUCAACGCGGGUUCGCGUAGAGCGUGGUGUGAGUGCGGGUGCAUCGACGUAGAUUGCAAGUCGCUGGUAAAACCACACAGGCGAAAUUAACUGCGAUGAAA